UUCAACUUGUUGCUAACCAGCUCCCUUGUAUACUUGUUGGUCACUAUCACAUGCAUGACUCGUUCUUCUUCACUAAGCCAUGAAGAGGAAUGUUCAGCCUUGUUUCAGUUUAAGCAAAGCAUAAUUCAUCAAGGUGAUGUGGCUUGUGCUGCUAGUUGGUUUCAAACGUUUAACUCUUGGAAGACCACAAGCAAUGCAUCAGAUGCUCGUUUUGAUUGUUGUUCAUGGCAUGGGGUGGAAUGCAGCAACAACCAUGUUUAUGGCCAUGUAGUCAGCCUUGACUUGAGUGAAAGCUUUCUUUGUGGGCAUAUCAACUCUACCAACACCCUCUUCAGCCUAGUUCAUCUUCAAAGCCUCAACCUUGCCAUGAACUACUUUGAUGAAUCUCAAAUCCCAUAUGAGAUUGCUCGUCUAAAGCAGUUAAAAAGCCUCAAUCUCUCUCAUUCUGGUUUUAGUGGCCAAAUCCCAAAUGAGAUCGCAAAGUUGACACAGUUGUCUUCUUUAGAUCUAUCGGGGAAUCCACUAAAGCUUCACAAUCCUAGCCUCAAGAACCUAAUACAAAACUUAACAGAACUCGAAGAAGGAAGAACUCCAUCUCUCAGGGGUUGACAUUAGUUCUUCUGUACCUCAUUUCUUGUCCAACUUUUCUUCUUUGAGGUCAAUAAGGUUAUCCACUUUUCAACCUCACCCAACUAACAACGCUAGACCUUCAACAAAAUCAGUUGCAAGGACCAAUUUUAAGCUCAUUUUCCAACUCAAAAACCCUUCAAUAUCUUCACCUAGGUUCGAAUAGUUUUAGUGGGAAUGUCGGCUUAGAGAUGUUCCUACAACUCAACAAACUCGUGACUCUUGGGUUAGGUUACAAUAGGAUAUCAUUAACGUCCACCAACAACUACACCAAUACCACCUUACCAGAACUUAAACUCCUAUCACUGUCACAUGUAACUUGAAGGAAUUCCCUGCCUUUUUGCAAUUCCAAAAUAAGUUGGAAGUCUUAUUUCUCGACAACAACAAAAUUAAUGGCAUGGUACCCGUGUGGAUCUGGAACAACAGCAAAGAAUCAUUACAAGUGAUUGACCUUUCCAACAACUCCAGCACUGGGUUUCAUCAGCAUCCUCAGAUUCUCCCAUGGAGACGUUUACAAGGAUUUUCCAUCAAGAAUAAUCAGGUUUGAGGGGAGCUACCAAUCCCACCACAAACCACAGUUGUUUAUUCAGCAUCAAAUAACAAUCUAACUGGAGAAAUACCACCAUCGAUAUGUGAAGUGAAAUCUCUCAAAGAUGAGUGGCACUCUUCCUCCAUGUUUCGGUGCCUUAAGCAAUUCAUUGUUGAGUUUAGAUCUAAGGCAAAAUAACUUUCAUGGCAUGAUGAUGGAUUUGUUUGUGCAUGGCAGCCAGCUAAAAAAUAUUGAUUUGAGCGAAAACCCAUUUAUGGGUCAGAUUCCAAGAUCAUUGACAAAUUGUACUAAUUUAGAAGUUCUUUCUCUUGGAGAUAACACUUUUGAUGAUGUCUUUCCUUUUUGGCUGGGAACUCUUGCCAAGCUGCAAGUUCUCAUUUUAAGAUCCAACAAAUUUUAUGGUCCAAUUCAAGCUUCAACGACAAUUUGCUCACAAUUCCCUAAGUUGCGGAUCAUAGACCUCUCUCACAAUGGUUUUUGUGGCCAAUUGCAUGGAAAUUACUUCCAAAAUUGCAAUGCCAUGACAUCGGUUUAUGAUGGUGAAUCAUCUGUUAUGAAAUCAGAUAUGUCCUUCAAAUACUACAAUUCAAGUAUGCCAUACACGAUGACAAUAAUACACAAAGGUGUCAAAACGGAAUACAAAAAGAUUUUAACCAUAUAUAUGGAUAUUGAUCUCUCUUGUAACCAUUUUGAAGGAGAAAUCCCGCUAUCACUCAAAGAUCUCAUAGGGCUUGAAGCACUCAAUCUUUCCAACAACCAUUUUACCGGACGUGUCUUGGCAUCGUUUGGUUACCUAAAGAAUCUUGAAUCUUUGGAUCUCUCUAGAAACGAGCUAUCUGGAGAAAUCCCUCAACUGUUGGCGCAACUCAACUUCCUUUCUAUUUUCAACGUGUCAUUCAACCAUCUUGAUGGGCACAUUCCUCAAGGGCAACAAUUUGAUACAUUUGAGAACAACUCCUAUGAGGGGAAUCCUGGGUUAUGUGGGAAACCUUUAUCGAAGGAAUGUGAGGGUUUAAAGUUGUCAAGAUUUCCACCAACAAGCAAUGCGUCCGAGUCUCUCUCCUCCCGAGCGAAAGAAUUGAUUGGAUCAUUAUUUUUUGUGGAAUUGGAAGUGGGUUGGUUGUUGGAGCUGUUAUUGGGAACUUUUUGUAUACAAGGUAUAGUGAUUUGUUCACAAAGAGGAAAGACAGAUGGGUAAGGCCACUUCGUAACACAAGGAGAAACCAAGGAGUGCUAUAGCUUCAAGUUUGGAGCACAAGGAGAAGGUGUAGAAGGCCGAAGCUUCAAGGGAUUUUAGUAUGUUUAUAGUUCCCUUUUUAAGUAUGUAGAUUCAUAUAUGUGUUAUAAAUGUAUAUAUUUGAUUUAAUCAAAAUUUCGUUAUUAUAAUGUGAUAGUUUUGCUGAUGCUGAAUCGUAUUUCUUUAGUUAUUUCAGGAUUUUAAUUACCAAAUAAAU